AAUCCAUUUAAACUCGAUUAUGCCGCAAAAGGUCUGGGCGACCAUAACCAUUGCCGCAAUCCCAAUGGUCUCUACCGACCAUGGUGUUAUAUCAAUAAACACUGUCGUCAAGGAUUUUGUGACGUGCCACAGCUGGAGGUAGUUGAUGAUAUCAAUGACGAUUGUUCUGAACUCGCUGCUAACGAGGUUUUAUACUGCCAGUCAGAAGAUGCUAAACGGGGUUGUAGAAAGUACUGCUACCAUGUUGGACCUCAUGUCCAUAAAGUGACAAACAUAGCCGAACCGUAUAUUGAACCAUAUGGGACAAAGUUAGGAGCGUCUGUGCCAUACACAGACGGUGAUGUCAUCUUGAUCACAUGUUGUCAGGAUGGUGUUGAACUGAUUGGCUAUGAAAAACGAAUGGCGUUGACAGACGGAACUUGGAGUGGACGACGCAACGUGUGUCAGGUAUGUAUACAGGGCUGGACGAAAUACAACGGCCAUUGUUACAAGGCAUUAACAGAGGACGUCCUUAGCUUCGAUGAUGCUGAAGCUAAAUGUAGAGCACAUACAGCACAUCUUACAAGCAUCACUAGCCAGGGUGAACAGGAUUUCAUAGAACAACUGCUAAGUGAAACUGAUGGAGCUGAGGAUGUCUGGAUCGGCUACAGACAAUAUGACAAUCUUAGUGUAAUUACGUAUCCCAGUUGGCAUUGGAUGGAUGGCAGUCCGGCGAGAUACCAAAGAUGGGGUGAUGGUGCAAUGAAGAGUGACUCACAGGACUGUGUGUCAAGUAAUGUUGAUGAUAGAUACUGGAAGGAUUCACACUGCACAGAUAACAAAGAAAUCAUUUGUAAAAAACCAAUAGUUGAGAGAAGAGUGUGUGAUAAUGGAUGGUCUGAGUUUGAAGGUUAUUGCUACUUUGGUGUGGACAUUAAUUUUGACUGGCAAGCAGGAGACGAUUACUGUGCUAAUCUAGGGGCACAUUUGACUAGUAUUCUAAGUGAAGCUGAAGAUGACUUUGUCUAUAAUUUAGCAGUUAGCAGUGCCAUAACUGGGACAUUUUGGAUUGGGUUUAAUGAUAUCAACGUAGAGCGCAUGUUCGAGUGGAAAGAUGGCAGCACCAUACCAUAUGAGAACUGGGAACACGGCGAGCCUAAUGGCGGGGCAUCUCAGAACUGUACAAGAAUGCAGUUAAGCGAGGCCUGGGAGUGGGAGGACAAAGACUGUGUUUAUGAGAAACAAUUCAUCUGUAAAGGUA